AUGCCCUGGUUCCGGGAGCCCCAAGUGAUCCUGUCCAGAUUGGUUGGCCUUAGCACUACCCUCUCCGCUCUGUGGCUGUGCCGUAAAGUGGGCUGCUGGGCGAAAUCGCUCGGCCGCCUGGGAGCACUGAUUCUGCGGUUCGUGCGGCGAGGGCGCCUCUCACGGCGCCCGCCCGAUUAUGGGCACUUGCUGAUGGUCCCCCUCUAUCCAGGAAACCAUCCUUCACCUCAAGCGGCAAGCGACUCUCAAAGUCUUGCAGAGAGGGCUCGGUUCGCUGACAACCUGGAUCAAGCUCUUGCUUUGCUUGGCGAAGCGGUGCUCCUGAACCCUCCGGACCCAGGCGUAUAUUUAGCUCGAGCGCAGGCUCACCAUGAGUCGAAGAUGCACAUCGAGGCGCUGGAUGAUGCGGAGACCUGCGUAUCUUUGGACAGCAAAUGUCUGGAUGGCUGGUUGGCCAAGGGCAAGGCUGAGCUAGCGCUGGGCCGUGCGGCCGACGCGGCUGCAAGCUUCCAGGCUGGUUUGGCCUUAGAGCCAGGCCACACGGAGCUUGCAAGGCAGCUGGCGGCUGUACAGGCAGAGCCUCCCCCAAACAUCCUCCAACAGUUCAAAGAGCUGGUCUUUGCUGCCAGGCUUGGCCUUGAGAAUCUCUUUCGGACUCUCGAGGACCCUCAGCGGACCACAGAUGCCUUUGUGGAUAGCAACGCAGAGGUGCUGGAUGCACAGAUUGCCUUGCUGGCCCAGACUUUGCAUGUCAACACAUCAGUGCUCUUUGACUCACCACGCCUUUGCGAUGCUUAUGAGCAGAUCGUACACGCAUGUGCCCAAUUAGUGUCUGGUGCGCCAAAGUCCUUCUCCACCAAGCUACAGAAUGCAAGAAGUAUCGUGGAGGGUCUCAGUCUUGCCUUGAGAGUUGGCUGGCAGAUCCAUCACGGUCUUGCAAAGCAUGCUGCAAGCGCCCUGAUCAUGCUCGCGACCUGCCCAUCUGCUGACGACGGGCUUCGGAGACUUGCGGUGCGACAGCUCCUGGGAGGCCUCUUGCGAUGGCUGGUGGAUGCUAGGCCCGAGCCAGAGCGAGAGGUGGAGGAGGUCUGCGGAUGCAGCUGCGCGGUUCCCUGGAAGGCCGCUGCCUGCUACUUGGAGAGACUCUUCGAGAUUGGAAGGCCCAUGGCAUUGAUCCAGUACGAGUGCGAGAACUGGCCGGAUACAGUUCAGCUCUGCCAGUGGCUCACACUGUCUGUGCGUGACUACCACGCCACGCCGCUGGGACUCGUAGCGCUUCUUCAGAUGCCUGGUGUGGCAGCGGCAGCCAUGAAGACCCAGGCCAGGGUGGAUUUCUUCAUCGCACCCCAUCUCUUCGGUGAGGAGUUUGGCGGUGAUGAGGAUGACAUUUAUGAGGAAGCCGAGGAUGAGCCUAUGGAAGAGACACCAGAGGAGACUUGGGAAGCUGCCAGGGCGAACAACGUUCCUUGGUGGCGCGCUGCUCAGAUGAGCCGGCAACCACUCAGGGCUUGGCGUCAGCAAAUGCGAUUUGCAGCUGCGGCUGUUGCAGCAGCUGACAGCUCCGAUCAUGACUCCGAUCUGGCGUCAAUACCUUUGCCAGCUAUGCCUUCUUCGGGAGAUGCGGGUGCUGCGAAUUCUAGUCGGGGUCCAGGUGCUGACAUCUCCAGGAUUCUCGGUACACUCGGAAAUGACCCGAACCUCGCCAGUAUUUUAAAUGCCGCGUCAUCAGCCGGCAUUCCCACGCUGUUCCGGUGGAUCCCUGAUCCACCGCCACCUCCACCCCAAAGGCUUGGAGAGUGGCUCAUGAACUCACUGGGCUAUUUAUUCCUAUUCAUUGAAGGCGAUGCUCUGUUCACAGUUUAUGCCUGCAGGGCUCUCAAGACUCUUGCAAAGGCAGAUCCAGAUGGCGAUGGACAGUCAAGAUUGUUGCGUGGCAUGUGGCUGGGAGUGCCUUUGCUGAGCAAGCUGUCCCUUGCAGCUUGCACAAACACGGCAGCGCUAGAUCUGCUGCACUGCCUCUUCGAGGCCAAGUGCCCUGCGGCUAGGGCCGGCAUACGAUGCGCUGCGCGGUCUUUAGCGCAUGCUUUAGCCAGCGAUGCAUUGCCAAACGAGCAAGACAGUGACAUUCACAUGGCCUCUUCGUCCAGCGCUUCGUCGCAGGACAUGCAAGACAUGUCAGAAGAGGCCCCCAUCUUCGAUGCAGAUGCGGGACAUGCGCCGCCCGAGAUUGACGGCGUGCUUGCCCAGAACAUUCUCACAGGUCAUGAAGAUGACCUUGUGCCAUCCUGGGCGGAGUUUCACCACGAACUUUUUCAGGAACUUGCGUGUCCUACCGUUGACAAGGCUCAUGCACCGGAGCUUGUCACACUCGCGAAUUUUGAGUCCAAGGCUAGCCUCUUAGCAGAGCAGGCCACGAUCCAUUCGGCUGGGGAUCCCGGCUCUCUCGAGUCGGAGGCCGACAAAAAGUACAGCUGUGCAGCAGUUCCGGCUGCCUGGAACCGAAAUGUCUUGGCUGCGAUUGAUCCGGAGAGCCCAGAGGAAACUCUCAACUCUGAGCCCUCAGCUAACUCUGACUUUGGGUCGCCACCAGGAUGGCAGACGGUUUCUGCUCAGCAGCUCCUGCUCUUCCAUGAACUGGAUGGCUUUCCUGUUGGAUCUGCGGAUUACAUCCAAGAUAGCCGGAUGAAGAACAAGGCAGUCCUAAUGUCCAGGCGAUCAAUCCGCUCAAGCCAGAAGGUUCACAACUGGGCCCAGGCUGUGUCAUCAGCUGAGCAGGCAGGUGCUUCUGCAGUUAUUGUUUUCAACGACCUCGAUGCCAUGGAGCCUUUUCGCAUGGGACUCUUCGGGGAGAAGCUUCCUUCUAUACCUGCCUUCAUGAUUAGCGGCAAAGAUGGUGUGACACUGGGGGCAAGAUCGCGUGACUCAGAGGUUGUGAUCGUGAGGUCGGUCUUGACGUCCGCCUCCUCCCCUUCUCCGCCGCCGUGGCCCCUGGCAGGUGGACGCAUUGCUGAUAUCGCCCAGGCCUGGAGCCUCUUGGAGGCCCUCUCGGCACAUGGCGAGCCUACGGAUGACCUGGAGAAGCUUCUGCUGCGGAUGAGCGUGCCAGAGAAGCGGGUGUGGCUGACACGUCGUUUGGUGCGGCAUCAUCGCGCGCAGCAGGCCACCAACACGGACGGGGACCUGGCUGAGCCUCCACUUGCCUUCGUGGAGAGCGACAGGUGGCUGUCUGUGGAGAAACAGCUUGAGAGCCUCCGCCAGCAGUUCACCGAGAAAACCGGCAUCGGCAGUCCUGACAUCUGUGGGGACUUUGAAGUGCGCUUUCGAGGGGAACAGGGUGUUGGAAGUGCAGUGGUGCGGGAAUGGAUGGACAUUGUGGCAAGAGAUGUUUAUCUCCAACCCAGGCUGAGACUGCUGAGAAGCUUUGACCAAAGGCAAACCUUUUGGCCGGAUGCUGCAGCCACCUUCUGCAACAAAGGCUGGCAGAUGGACUUCGAGAUCCUAGGGUGCCUUGUAGGCCUUGCACUGUGGCAGAACUGCACGCUUGACCUCCCGCUUCACCCCCACGUGUGCGCUUUGCUGUUUGGCUUCCCUUCUGAGCGUUUGACAACCACUCUCAGUGAGAUGGAUGAGGAGCUAUUUCGACACAAGGUGCAGUGGCUUCUUGCAAAUCCGAUCAACCAGCUCGGCAUUGAGCUUACCUUCUCAGAUCCACUUGGAACAGAGGAGGCAGUCGAAACCAAUGAGGAGGACACAGAGGGCAAAGAACAGGCGGACGAAUCUAUGCAGAGUCGACCGUCCCUGCCUCCUCUGGUUUACGUCAGAAACCGCUUGGCUGGAGAUGACCGGUCUUGUGAACUUGAGCCACUUCCCAAAGUCGGAUCAGCGGAGGUGGCCUUGUGGGAGGACCAGGACCUGGAAGCUAAGGUGGUGACUGACGAGAACAAGCAGUCCUUCGUGGAGUCACUUACAGAAGAGCUCCGGCAGGAGAUGCAUAGUCUGUUGACCCCCGUGGAGAUUGCACAGCUGCUGUCCGGCUUGGGUGGAAAGCUCUCUGUAGAGGAUUGGGAGCAACACACCUCUUACACACAUGGCCUCAGCAAGCAAAGCGAAGUUGUGGGCUGGUUCUGGCGGGUUGUGAAGGACUGGGCCACAUCAGAGGAAAGCCUCCUGCCACAGCUCCUACAGUUUGUGACAGGCAGUGCGCGCGUGCCUGUUGGUGGCUUCAGCGAACUGGUGGGCUUCAACGGCGCCAAGCAUGCUUUCACGCUGGCUGGUGCGGCCCAUCUCUCCAAGCAAGCCUUGCCUGUAGCCCACACGUGCAUUUGCACCUUAGACAUGCCUCCUUACGAGGAUUUCGAAACCUGCCGUCACAAAAUGACGCAGAUGCUGCGCCUGGGACGGGCUCAUUUCGAUGAGGGGGCUGGCCAACCGGAAGGCGAGGAGUGA